AUGUACUGAUGGCGUUCCAUAAUAUACUUUAAUAAGGUCAAAGCAACAUGGCGUAUAACAAUCCUUAUCAGCAGCAACAUUACCAUCAUCAACAACAGCCUCCUCCACAACCAGGAGGUGUUGAUCUCUGGGGAAUAUUUCAGAAAGUAGACAAAGACAGAAGUGGAGCUAUCUCUGUGAAUGAACUGCAGCAGGCUCUUUCAAAUGGAACGUGGACCCCCUUUAAUCCUGAGACUGUUCGUUUGAUGAUUGGAAUGUUUGACAGGGAUAAUAACGGUACUAUUAAUUUUCAAGAAUUUGGAAGUCUGUGGAAGUAUGUGACAGAUUGGCAAGCAGCAUUUCGUAGUUACGACAAAGACAACUCAGGGUCUAUUGAUAAAAAUGAAUUGAAACAGGCCCUGACGAAUUUUGGUUAUCGUUUGUCUGAUCGAUUUUAUGACAUCUUAAUCCGAAAGUUUGACAGAUCUGGGCGAGGUGUCAUCGCGUUUGAUGACUUCAUCCAGUGCUGCGUUGUCAUACAGACCUUGACCAGUUCCUUCCGUAUGUACGACACCAACCAAAAUGGCUGGAUCAACAUUUCGUAUGAACAGUUCCUGACGCUAGUUUUUAGCACUAAGGCAUAAAGAGGAGCGAGCUAGGCCUAGAUAAUUUGCCUUAACAAUCAUGCAAUGCCUUCUGUGUGUAUAUAUUGAUACAAAAUUAUAAAUCAAGAGGGCCUAGAAAAGUCUGUUGUGAUGGAGAAUUGAAACAGUUGUUAUUUUUUAAUUUAAUUUUUUUUUUUUUUGGGUGGAGGGGUUACUGUAGGUUGCUACUCUCCAUCGAAGAGUGCAUUUGCAUAAUUAUAAAUCACACAAGCUUAUGCAAUUGCUUUAAAUUUAAUACAGCCAUUAUUAGAAUAUUUUAUAAAGAGAACAAUCCUUUAUUAAACAUUAUUUUAACCAGGUAUUCAUAAUGAACAAGUUCUUGCAAUACACUGAAUUACAACCUUUAUUAGAAAAAUUUAUAUACAUAAUUUUAACGAGAAAUACAUGAACAAAUUAACUGUGCAAGGAAUGUAUUAGUGCCAUAAGCAUGGAUACCAGCACUAUAUAAAUACUCAUUGAAUUGAAAGUUAACUGUAUAAUUUUAAUUUUAAUAUUUAAAUAUUUUUGGAAUUAGUAUUACUAUUGCUUUAACAGCAAGAGGAAAAAGUUUAGCAGUUAAUAAUUUGUAAUAAUUUUUGUGGUAGUCCAACUAAAAAUAUAUUUAAAACCCAUUCUUUUGUAUAAUAAAUUUUAUUAACUUUGGUAUGUUAUUUUCUUUGUAUACUCUUUGUAAAGGAUAAUCCUAAUGAUGUUGCUAACUUGAGCUCUGUAACGUUUCAUGUCACAAAUACUUGUGAUUUUCCCACAUGUUAUGAGAAAUAGCAUGCACAGACGUCACAAAAACUAAUUGAUACUGUAAUCAGUUCGUUUCUUUUGUAUUAUGGAUUGAAUAAAUUUAUUCUUGAAGCUUAA